GGACGGUGGGGAUGAUUGUGAAGUGAAAGAGAAUAUUAGAAAGUCUCUUCAUACAAAACCCUCAUUUCCUUCCUUCUUCAGCCGACUGUGACGGCAAAACUUUUUGUUUCUCUUUCAGAUCUCCUCACUUCCCAAAUCGUUUCGUUUGAUCCUCAAGAUUUCUUGUAAUGGCAGAAUCAAAAACAAGUUUGAGGAAACCAGUUUUUACCAAGGUUGAGCAGCUCCGGCCUGGGACCAGUGGGCACACUCUCACAGUAAAGGUUGUCAGCACCAAAAUGGUUUUGCAGAAGGGCCGUGCUGAUGGCCCCCAAGUUCGUCAAAUGAGAAUUGCUGAAUGCUUGGUGGGGGAUGAGACUGGAAUGAUUAUCUUCACAGCUAGAAACGAUCAAGUGGACCUGAUGAAAGAGGGUUCAACCGUUAUCUUUCGGAAUGCUAAAAUCGACAUGUUCAAAGGAUCAAUGAGGCUAGCUGUGGACAAGUGGGGCCGUGUUGAAGUCACUGACCCUGCGGAUUUCACUGUGAAAGAAGACAACAACCUUUCUCUGAUCGAGUACGAACUUGUGAACGUUGUCGAAGAGUGAUUUUCAAGGAUGGUGCUCCCUCUACAUUUUGGCCCAAGAAAAUAAUAAAAAAACAAAAUCCAGCAAAGAAAAAAAGAAGUACGGUCCUCUACGGGGCAUCUUUUCUCCAACCUCAUGAAAGUUUUACUAGUAGGAAGAAGAAAUCUUGAAGCUUAGUUACUACCCCGAGUUGCAUUUUACCUUCAGCAAAAAUUGGUGCGAUCUUUGGUUGGACCUCAAAACAAAUGGUUAUGGUAAGUUGAUAUGAAGGGAGCUGCUUUUUGGAUUUGGCUGUCUGUUUACUAUUACCUAUUUAUUUUUCGAGAAUACAUAUAAGAUAAACACUAUGAAGCCAAUGUCUCUGCAUAACUGGAUGUGAUUUCGCCUACUACUUAAUAUCUGAAUGCUAUUUCGCCUA